AUGGUCCAUCGACAGAGGAAGGACUUAGCUGCAAUUCGAAGACGGGUUGAGGACGAAGGCGAUGAGGAAGGAGGCCCCGACGCCGGAGACCUCGAUGACGAUUCGUUGAGUGAGGGGUCGAUAAUAAGUGAAGAGGAUGACGCACAAGAAGGUGACGAGAUCAGCACAGUUGGAGCAGCUCCUGCUGCCUCUUCUGAGCUAUCCAAAGUCAAUGGAAAUGGAGAAAAGCAACCCAAGGAGGCCCCAGGCAAAUCAGCCAAAGGCAUCGCGGAAGCUUCCAAGAAGCCGCUCACGAACGGCACCAGCGAUAUGGAUAUGAUGCUUAAUGGGCUCAAGAUAUCUGAUCAAAGUGCCAUUGUGGAGGAGGUACAAUACGAGGACCUCCGUGAGGAUGAAGAAUUCCAGGUACCAUCUCCAGCUGUGGUGAAUUCCACAGCUCAGAUGGAUCAACCACAAGAGCUUCCACACGAGCGACGACGAAGGGAGCACGAGGAAUACAAAAAGAAGCGAGAUGCAGAUCCAGCAUUUGUGCCAAACCGAGGAGCAUUCUUCAUGCAUGAUCAUCGUCACUCUGGACCAGCAGCGAAUGGAUUUCGGCCAUUUGGCAGAGGCAGAGGCAGAGGACGGCCUGGUAUUGGCGGUCCUUUUGCACCAUCUAAUCAAAUGGGCCACACUUUCGAGCCUACCGAUGCUCCGUGGACUCACGACAUGCACGAAGUCAUCAGCGAACCUACACCUCGCAACUACCAGGCAUCGAACUAUUCAAACGGAGUUUCCAACCUGCCAUCUCGAGUACCAGUCAGUGCUCCAAAGUCUGCACCUCCGAAUCGAGCAUUGUCAACAACAAAGCAUGUUGGAAAUGUGCAAAUUCGCCUGUUCCUGUCCACCAUGGAGAAGCCUGUCGUCUUUCCGGGCAUCCCUUGGAAGCAGUAUACUCGACUCCCCGAUCACCGCCCACCACUGCGCCGUGAUAAGCCAGUCCGAAUCUCUCUUCCCGGUCAUCCUCCGAGAUAUAUAUUCCCUGCAGUUGACAGGUCUUUCAUCUUCAUACCUCGAGCUAUGAGGCCCAAUCAACAAGGCUUCGGCGGACGUGGCAGAGGACGAUCUAUACUAGGUUCUAUCGGUGGAUACUCGAGACGCACAAGUGUUUUCGGUGGUAGUGUGUACGGCAGUGCCUACUCGCCCAGUAUUGCCAUGAGCCGUCGUUCAUCUCUUGCUCGGGAAGUCAACAGAGAGAACAUCGUCUCUCCAACAGGUUCGACGAUGUCCCGGCCACAAAUGACCAUGGACCCGUCCAAGCCUGUUGUUAGGCUGCCCCCAUUAAGCCAGCCGGUACAACCACAACAACUCCAACCCGCGGAAUCCGAGCCCCAGAAUGGGCCGCCACAAGUAUCUUCAUCCAUCGAUGACCUACCGCGACCACAGACUUAUCCACUUCCACAAAAACCCACCUUCCGCGAGAACCGACCCAAUCCGAUUCCUAUGCAUCAGCCUCGUCCCCAGAAAGCAGUAUCAGUCGCUGAUAUUGAGUCACCCGCAACAUUGUCAUUUAACCCUCCUCAACAACAUCAGCAACCUUUCCAUCAACAGGUCCCAAUCCAAGUUAAUGGCAACAACUAUCCACACGAUACCAUGUUACAUUCUCGAAACCCUUCAUACCCAAGCCAGGCUUCAACCGGCACUCCUCUCUCCCAAAUCCCCGAACGUGCCAUCCAUGCCCAACCUUUCCAGCCAAACCCAUACCAGCAACAACCACAAAACUUUUACUCUCAGCCUUACCAGGUCAUGCAACCACCGCAGGGAUACUUCUACCCACAAUCCUUUAAUCAAGCUAUGGCUCCUUCCGGUGGUGCACCUCCAUUCGUUCCUUCUCAGCCGCAACAACAGCAAGCCUCGUUCCAUCAAGCCGGUCAGCAAUCGGAUAAUGCAGCGUCUCAACAAGGUGUUCAGAAUCUGGUGGCCCAAGAAGUUAACGGAAUGGUAUACUACUACGACGCUACACAAAUUCCGGCUGUGGCUACUUUCCCAUCAUAUCAGCAACCACAAUCAUAUCCGAUGCAGCAAAUUGGUGGCGUGGCUGGAUUAGGUGGAAUGAUGACACCCUCCCCUGACGGCUUCUAUUAUCCGCAGCCACCGCAAGGAGUCGUGUACUACCCACAGUAG